AUGAAAGGAGCGAGUGUUUUCGUGCGGUCGAAGGAGGAAGGCUGGCAGCUGGGGGUAAUGCCUCGGGUUUCGAGGGCGCGGGAGGAGGACCUGCCGUGCAACGUCCAAUUCGUCGACCUCGAGCGGCGUUUCAACGUGUCACCGUCGCCGGCGAAAUAUUGUACGGCGGUGGAUGGUCCGCCUGGCUCAUGGUGCUUUCUUGUGCACAUGCGGUCCUGGCGCGUCCGGCGGACGGGGACCUGACGGGUGCGCUGAGGUGGAG